AUGUGUCCUCAUAUGGGUAAGUAAUGUCACUUGCUUGAUAUAUGCAGUUAAUUAAAUGCUAAUUAAUAGUCCAAGAUAGAGAAGUAGCUAUUUUGUAGGACUGGACUGUGAAGGAACAAUGAAUUCUGUUCCUUUCUCAUGUACUGGUGCUAAAUAAGGGAGAUGGUAGUUCCCUGGUACAGUGCUCAAAACUCCUUCAGGGUAGCAGAAUUUUGUCAAUAAUUGACAGACAAAUAAUUAUUGUUUUGUAGCUAACUAAAUUUAUUUUUUAAUAUUAUUAUUUUUAUAAAUAGUCAACUGUCUCUAAGAUAACUCUCUCUAUGUGUUCAUCUUAUUGGGAGUCAACUAAAAGGAGUGAAGAAGGGCAGGGACCAAACCUAGGUGUCCAUUUUAUGGAGGUGUCUGUCUUAUAGAGGUGUCCAUUAAGAGAGAGUUGACUGUAUGUUAGUGUCAGCACGGUCAGACAUGAGCCAUAACUAUGAACCCAUGUAAUGAGAACUUAAUGCAGUUUUGUACUAAGACAAGAGAAAAUGAAAAUGAUAUCUCAUUCUCUCUUGACUAAGAUGAAGUGCCAAUGAGUUGCCCUACUCUGUUUUUGACGCUGAGACUCCCAGCAUUAUGUUACUGGAAUUCAAAUAUUACAACUGGGUGGAGAGACUGUAGGAAAACAGUGACAUGAUACAGACGACAUUACACUGCUAGUUCCAGGAGUCCAUAACAUGCUAGUAACUGCUUAUAGACUUAUGUGAAGAGAGACAGUGAAUCAAAGAAGCAAAGGGUUUUUUUUUCAAGAAACCCAUACAAACAUAAUUUCUUUAGGUCAUUUUCAGAUGGAAAAUCCAAUGCACUACUACACCACUGCACCUUCAAAGAUUGAUCAUUGAGAGAUAGAGUUGUGAACUUGUGUCCAUUCUCUGUAGGUGGACCUCUCUAUCUUUGGGACAUUAAAGGAAUUGGCCAGGCAGCGUUGCCAUGUGUUGUAUAUCUUUGGCAUGGCUGGAAGUAUUGCGUACAAACAGGCAGCCUGAAAGAAACCCACAAAAGGAAUAUAACACUGGGCACUUACCCAGUGAGAGUAAAUUACAAAGGAGAGCUGUUUGUUGGAUUUGAAUCAUUGUCACCAGACUAUUUCAACAUACUGUUCAAUUGA